AUGGCAUUUCUAAUCAUGAAGUCUUUGAUCAUAGCUCUAUUCCUUGUUGGGUCAGUAUUGUCAUGUUUUCAAGCUGAUGGCAAAAGGUUUAUUUUGGAGGAGGUGAAGAAAGAGAGAGCCAAUAAUCAGCUUAUACCUGAUGCACAGCCUGGUGAAAAAUCAGUGAACAAUGGAGCAACAGACAGCAAGCCUAUAGAUAAGCCCGGAAAGUCAGGCACGGAAGCCAAUCCGGUAAAGGGGUCAGUACCAGCAGUUGACAAGAAUGCAGCCGGCAACAACAACAACAAAGAAAGUGACAACAACGAUAAUUAUGGCUCUUAUGGUAAUCCUUCGGGUUCAUCUACUGAGACUCACCAUGUCUUUACAGAUGACAACCGCCCCGGCCCCCAUUGA